UGAGGCAUCAGUAUAUAUGUAGCCCUAGAUGCCAAUACUGCCCCAUCCUGACGCAUCAAGGAGCACUGUUUGUCCUUCUCCAGCUACCAUACAAGAAGAUGGCUCCCAAGAAAGCAAAGAAGAGGUCAGAAGGAGCCAACUCCAAUGUGUUUUCUAUGUUUGAACAGGCUCAGAUCCAGGAGUUUAAAGAAGCCUUCACUAUCAUGGACCAAAAUAGAGAUGGUUUCAUCGACAAAAAUGACCUGAGAGACACAUUUGCAGCUUUGGGUCGUUUAAAUGUGAAGCAAGAGGAGAUUGAUGAGAUGUUGAAGGAGGCUCCAGGGCCCAUCAACUUCACAGUGUUCCUCACCAUGUUUGGAGAGAAGCUAAAGGGUGCCGACGCAGAGGAGACCAUACUAAAUGCUUUUAAAGUAUUUGAUCCUGAAGGAAAGGGGACAUUGAAGAAGGACUUUGUGACACAGAUGUUAACCACUCAGGCCGACCGGUUCUCUCUUGAAGAGAUGGAGCAGAUGUUUGGAGCUUUCCCCCCAGAUGUUGCUGGGAAUUUGGACUACAACAACCUGGUCUACAUCAUCACACAUGGAGAGGAGAAAGAUCAGGAAUAGAUCCACUACACAUUGGUUGCUUGGCUAUGUUGUGGUCCUUUUCCUGUGCAUCAAUGCUGUUCAUCAGUGCCGUUCAUCAAUGUAUUUCCUGUGCAGGAAAUGUCUGAUGUGUUCAGGGAUGAACAUCUUGUAAAUAGUUAUUUGGACCCACAUGACUUCUGAUCACUGUUGAACCAUGCACUAUGGAAUGUGUGGAUAGAAUAUAUUCACAGUCUGGUUGUUGUCAGACUGGUUGUUGGGUAAGAUUAAAAAUAAACUGUUAAAUGUC